GUGAAAUACUUAAUAAUUGCAUCUAUUAACAGAAGAAUAUGAGUUAGAAUCUCAGUCGGGCACAGCGUAGGUGAAACGACUGAGGUAUCCGGAUAUCUACGGCCAGUCUAUAUAGGUGAUCGGGUAAGGACAGGAGUAAUGUAUAUAUGAUAAGUAAAAAGGAGACGAUCGAAAGGUAAGAUAAGGGUAUAACAUACGGAUAUCCUCCAACAGCAUCUGUGUAUGACCAGUAGCGAAUAUUUGCGGCAUCCUCCACAAGAACUGCUAUAUGCACUCUCUUUCCUCAUCCGCCUCGUUUUCAGCGGGCCAGCUGAUGCACCUCUUGCAAAGUUACAGACUCGCAGCGUCAAAGACAUAUCCCUGAUUCCCAUUGGGUUGUUCUCAAUUAAUGUACCAUGCCGGAUAACAGAUGGCGGCGAGCUGAAGAUUCGCCUUCCUCUUGUACUAGCUUUUUGAUUUUUU